CUGGUAUAUCCAAUUGGUUUGAAUGGCAAUGGCCAACAGAAGGUCAAUAUGCUGGUUAUAUUAGAGCUAGAUCUUUACCUAACAUGGGUGAAUGGAAAAAUUUUUCUCCAGUGCAAAUUCAAAAAUUAUCAAAAGUAGAAGUAGCUAAACCUCAUCCACAAACUUCUAUUCCAACCAAAUUAAAUAUACCCUGGACUUCUUUGAUUCCUAAAAAUAUAGAUAAUCAAGCUAACAAAUCAAAAACCAGUAAUAUAAUGCUUCAACCAAGUCAAAUAUUCAUUUUUGAUGAAUUUUUGAAAGAAGGAUGA